AUGAAGACCUUCGAGACGCCGGCCCACGCCACCUCGACGCUGGAUAUAUGGCGUCGCCUUCAGGAUCUCAAGACCGGAAAGAGCAAGAUAGUCCUGGACGGCAACAGCCUUGACAUUUCCUCCGUAAUUGCCGUGGCCCGCUAUGGUGUCAAGCCUGAGAUCAGCCAAGAUGAGAACCUUGCUCGCCGUAUCGCCCUGAGCGUCGACGCCCUCAACAACUACCUGGCCAACAAGUAUGUCGUGUACGGAGUCAAUACUGGCUUUGGUGGCAGCGCCGACGUGCGCACCGAUGACUGGAUCGAGAACCAGAUCGGUGUCCUGCAGCACACGCAGAGCGCCAUCAUCACAUCCCUUGACAAGACCCCUGGAAGCAACUCGGAGCGCGAGCCCUCGCACGUCAUGCCGCCUGAGUGGGUGCGCGGAGCCAUUGUCGCCCGCGCCAACCAGAACAUGCGAGGCCAGAGUUCUGUCCGGCUUGAGGUCCUCCAGAGGCUGGUGAAGUUGCUGCAUCACGACAUCACCCCCCUGGUGCCGAUCCGAGGCACCAUCUCUGCGUCGGGCGAUCUCAUGCCCAUGUCGUACAUUGCUGGCGCGGUAACCGGUAACCCGGACAUCUUCGUGCAGGUUGGCGAGGGCCAGGCGGCCAAGGUGAUGCCUUCAUCCGAGGCGCUUCAACAGAGCGGCCUCUCAGCCAGCGGCCUUGGCCCCAAGGAGGCCCUUGGUCUCAUCAACGGCACUGCGCCCUCCGUGUCCCUAGCCAGUCUUGUGCUCCACGACGCACAGCAGCUCGCCGUUAUGGCCCAGAUGUUGACGGCAUUCGCAUCCGAAAGCAUGGGCGGCAACGUUGAGUGGGCAACCCCCUUUAUCCAUGCUGUACGACCACACCCUGGCCAGAUUGAGGCCGCAGCAAACAUUCGCAGCUUCCUGCGCGGCUCCAGCUUUGUCGUUGGUCUGGAUAACCGAAAGAGAACCGGCGAGGGACUCUGGCAGGAUCGGUAUUCCACGCGGACGAGCCCCCAGUGGAUUGGGCCUUACCUGGAGGACCUCCUUCUGGCCCAGCGACAGAUCUCUGUGGAGCUGAAUUCCACGUCGGAUAACCCCCUGGUUGAUGCAUCGGAGAAAGAUGGCAAGGCGGUGGGAGAGGUCUAUUCAGGAGGAAACUUCCAGGCCGUCGUCAUCACCUCUGCUAUGGAUAAGACGCGGCUGGCGCUACAGAUGAUUGGACGUAUGCUCUUCUCCCAAGUCAGCGAGAUCAUCAACCCCUCCACCAGCAACGGCCUCGAGGCCAACCUUAACGUCAGCGACAAGGAGAACUUUACCAUGAAGGGCAUCGACGUCAAUAUGGCUGCGUACAUGACGGAGCUGGCAGCGCUUGCGCACCCCGUCUCAUCCCACAUCAUGUCUGCCGAGAUGCACAACCAGGGCAUCAACUCUAUGGCACUUCUCUCAGCCCGGCGAACUAUGGAGGCCGCGGAUCUGGUUGCUCAUAUGUGCGCUUGCCACAUUUACAUCUCGUGCCAGGCGGUUGACCUCCGUGCGAACCACCGUCUUUUCCUGGAGACUCUGCGCGACAGAUUGGGGGAUACCACGCAAAACGGACCGUUCCAUGCCUUUGGACUGAACGAGGGACAAAUCGGAAAGCUCGCCGAGGUUGCAUUUCCUGUCAUUGAGUCGGCUUGGUAUGCCCACAACGCUGGCUCCUGGAAGGAUCGCGUUUUGCCGACGGUGGACGCUGCAAUGGCGCCCGUCACCCAGUUCCUGGCGACUGAGAACAUGGAUUGCUCAAUCUCCAGCAUUGCUGUUUUUAGAGCAGCUUUCCACAAGGCCGUCGUCGACACGUCAUCAUCCAUCUUCUACCCCAACAUGGCCGUCCGCCCUGUUGAUGUGGCCACUCAGCUGGGUGACGGUUCUGCCCAACUAUAUACUUGGGUGCGAUCGAAGCUGGGUGUGCCGACGCAGUGCGGAAUUGACGACGACCCGCUAUACAAUGCUCAAAAGGGACUUCCGACGGAGAACAAGAAGACUAUUGGAAGUUGGGUCAGCAUGGUGUACGAGAGUUUGAAGGGCGACUUGAUGGACAUGGUCAUGGAAGCCAUGGAAACGUCGCGACCUGGACCCCGGACGACUGGGGAAUAUGAUGAGCUAUGCAAGUCUAUGAAGGAAAACUACUAA